AAUCCCCACCGAGAGUCCUCACUUCUCACGUCAUUCGUACAACGCUAGUCGGUCGUUAGUUUAGUGAUCAGUGAAUACCGAGAGCCCACAAAGAAUCAUGGCUAUUAAAAAGAGUCUUAUAUUUGUGACCAUUUUUCACGCCGUUAACGCAAAUCAGACUCACGAGUGCCCAAAUAUAAUAACGAGAUCGCAAUGGGGAGCGAGACAAGUAGCAAGCGUUAAUUACCUGAUUGUACCAAUACCGUACGUGGUAAUUCACCACACGGCAGGUCACACUUGCAACCGGACGAGUCGAUGUGCUGAAGUCGUCGCCGGUAUCCAAGCGCAACACAUCGACUCUAAUAAUUGGGGUGACAUUGGUUACUCAUUCUUGAUCGGAGGCGAUGGUAAUGUGUACGAAGGUAAAGGCUGGACCCGCGAAGGAGCGCACGUAAUCGGUUAUAACAAAAAAUCCAUCGGAAUUGCUUUCAUAGGUUCAUUCGAAGAUAACAACGCAAACCAAACUAUGCUGGAUGUAGCGCACAAGUUGAUCAUUUGCGGAAAAGCUCAAGGAAUUCUUCGACCGACUGUUCGCGUAGUUGGUGCACGUCAAUUAAUCGCUACAGUAAGUCCAGGCUUUGCACUGUACAACCAAAUUCAAGCCUGGCCGGAAUGGGUAUCUACCCCGUGAAUAACUAGUGGAAGAAGCAGUGUCGAAAUAUAAAACAGCACAAAUUUAAUAGAUUGCAGAGUAAAAUAAAAAUUCAGUAAAGUAUGAUAUAAAUAAUGACAAAUUGGCCAGUCUUAGAAUAGGGUGAUAUUUAGCACUUCGCGGUAGCACUGGUUCAUAUUUGACUUCAGAAAUCAUGUAUUUAUUAUGGGACGCCAAAUAGGUGCGACCGCGAAGGGUUAAAUUUCACUAAGGAUCGUUUAGUGAAAAUGUAAAUUAACAUUUAUAGAAUAUAUAAUAUAUAGAAUAUAUAAUAAUACACGGUAAAAAUCAGGGGAAAAAAGUUGAACCAGUCAAAUCGGUUUAUAUUAAACAAGAGAGUAUAGACGAGGAAAGAUUUUUUUUUUUAAAUACCAAAAUAUGGUUUAAGGUAAUUACAAUAAUCAUGGUAUACACUUACUAUUAGAUGCGUAUGUAUUUUAUCGACAGUAACUAUAUGAAGUACAGGUAAAGACAUUUGAUCUUGGCCAUCGAGUGCAAAGAGUAAUAUACCGAAUUACUUGGAUAUGUACGUAAAUUACACAAUGCCAGAGAAACGAGUAGAUUA